UCUGACUGCUACUGUACAUAUAACAAAAUCCGUCAAAUUCUUGAAUUUUUUCUGAAAGAAUAUUUAAGAGUAUAUAUUUUUUUAUUUCAUUGUGUUUUGUGUCUUUCAGUGUCUCACGUGGUAGUUGCUCCAACACUAGGAGACGUCCCUGGUCAGACUUUGUGUCCUCACUGUCAGCAAACUGUGAUCACCCAGACAGAGUACAUGCCAGGACUGUUGGCCUGGGCUAUUUGUGGAGGAAUGACCCUCCUGGGUUGCUGGCUAUGCUGUUGUAUCCCGUUCUGCCUCGACUCCUGUAAAGAUGUGGAGCAUCGUUGUCCAAACUGCCAACAGCUCCUCUACAUAUACAAACGGAUGUGAAAUCACAAAAAGAAAAAAAAGAAAAGAAAAAAUCACUGCAAUUCUCUUCCUUUACUUUAUAAAUAAUAAUAAUAACAAUAUAUAUAUGUAAAGUUCAAAGAGAUACAAAAUGCACUGGGAUAUGUAUAUGUGAUGAGGUAUUUUAAAAGAAGUUAGGAUCACGCAAUCAAUGGAAAUGAUGCUUUUAAUUCUUCAAUAAAAAGAAUUGUUUUCUUUCA